UGUGCUCCCUCGCAUAAUCCGACACUACCGCCCCGUCGUCUCAGUUCGGCGUUCCUGAGGGUUUGGGGGCAUACAUGAACCGCGACACACACCUGAUGGUCGAGCUGUAAAUCCUCACAAUGGAUCGCGUGAAGGGGUAUUAAGUUCGGCAAACAUACGGACAUCAAAUUUCUCGGUAUUCGGAGUCGCUGGAGCAGUGCGCGGUGUGAGCAGACGACAGUGCAGACGUUUUCUGACACCGCUUAUACGUAGGAGCACCCAUAACACGGACUUGGAGCGACAUUAAGUUGGUGUAAACAGUUGUUCCGAUAACAUACCGACGUGGGUUGGAUGGUUACCGUCGAUAUCACCUUCAACACCAUGACAACUUCCGUAUGGCUGUCAAUACCAUUCAACUAGUGGCUCUGAUCGUCCAAGGGUGAGAAAACGUCAAAAUCAUAACAGGACGUGGGGGUGAUGAUUAACACCUAUCUCUUCGUGAAGUCGGGUACACUAUUAGUACACAGGUGGUCGUCGGGUAGAACAGGGCGACUCCCUUGCUCAUUGGCUUGCUCUGUGUUUGUUUAAAGGGUAGAUUUGACAUUGUGAGAUAUUAAGUUGAAGACGCAUUCUUCUGGUUCAUAGGAUUAAUAUGUGUUGAGAGUGACGCCGUUUUAGACCAGAUACGUGUGUUGACACUCUGGAAAACGUGUUGACUGACCCGAGAAUGGAUACCCAUUCAUAACGGAUACUUGGAUAACUCCAUACAACAUACGGACAGGACUUUCACUGAACAAGCAGACCCAGUGAGUACUCGCUUGAGAGACUAGGUUCAAGUUGUGAUAAGGAUUGAAACCUUUGCAAUGGAGACAGAAUUUGAAACGAUGACGUCCUCCCACUGGAUAGCGGAAAACAUCCGAUGUCGAGAGUGCUACAGAGCUGUAAGAGUGAAGCCAGGCGUGGAUAUCUGCAAGUGCUUCAGAAAGUUGGAAGAUCACGAAAAGCUGACUGACGUUGAUUGUAGGGCGUGGUCUAAGGAGAAGAACACACAGACGUUCAGAACGAACGCGUAUGGAGAUGCUAUUACCAAAACUACAAAUGGGAAAGUGCUGUCAAAGUUCAAGUAUGUCCGGGUGGACGAGGACACGGACAUGGACACGACGAGACAUAUGCUGCUGGAGGUGUGGCAGGUGCCCCCUCCGGACUGGAUCCUCAGCGUGAUGGGGGAGGUGGUGGACAUGCAGGACAAGGACCAGAAGGAGGAGAAGUUCUCACAGGAGCUGAAGGCCACUCUGUCAAACAUUGCAUCAAACUCAGUCGUGUGGCUCAUGACAGAGGGUCUUGACGAGGGCUUGUCUUGUCUCGCCGGGGAUGCUGCAGCAGAAUGUCGCAAAGACGAGUACCUCUGUGACAGAAUUAUUCCCCUUGGCAUAAUGUCAUGGGGUGACCUUGAGUCCAGCGAAGGUCUCCUUAAUUCCAAGCGCCCCAAAUCUCGAGGACCUGCAGAGUACGUCAUUCAAAGCGGUAUUGGCGAUCAGUUAGGAAAAUCAAUCACACACUCCAUUUUGGUGGACAAUGGGACGCGGAAUCCAGUUUUGUGCAAUACCUCCUUUCAGAUGUUCUGGCUUAACAUGGCGCUCAACAUGGCCGACUUCGAUGAUGAUUCCUCGUCCAUCCCCCUCGUCACGCUGAUGUACGGAGGCUGGUCCUACAUCCUCGACGGCAUAAAACGGUCGCUGCUGGAGGACAUUCCGAUCGUUAUCGUGAAGGGGUCAGGAGGGAUCGCAGACAUCCUGGCGACUGGCUACAAGGAGUCCCAUGCUAUAGUCACGGGGCAGGGGAAGGACCAGGACGAGAGAUGGAGGACGGGCACGGUGAUGGACAGCACGUUGCGACAGAAGCUGCGGAGGAGGAUCGAACGGUUCCAGAGACACAAGAAGGGCGUAGAGGAGGUACUGCAUGCCAUCCUGCAGUGUCUUCAGAAGAGAUACCUCCUCACCGUGUACGACAUGGACAACCCAAACGAUAAUCUCCUCAGGGCGGUCUUGCAGGCGCUUCUAAAAACAAAGAAGACCCACGAGCUGUUACGACUGAUGGAUCAAUUUUUCUCAACUCCCGUGUACGAUCAGAAGAGCUUCGCCAAAUUCGGUAACCUCGUUCUGGAUGACAUGUUCCAGUCAGAAAGAGGCGUGACAGAUGGCAAGAAGACGAUGGAGCUGAUACUGUUGGAGGCCAUUCUAAUGGAGAGAGUGGAGAUUGUAGAGUUCAUCAUUGACUUCGAGGGUGUGGACUUCAAAGGAUUCUUCACGAACAAGCGUCUUGGGGAACUGUACGACAGGGCGCGAUCUUUCCUGCCGAAGGCACUGAUAGACGAUCUUGACCAUCAUCAGAAACACGAGACCCCCUGGCGAGUACAGAACUACGUAGACAGCCGCAUCCCCAGCUUCUGUAAGAUCAGAGAGGAGAAGACAGGGCUGCUUCUAGACAGUCAGUCGAUUAUUGAGAAAUUAAAACUUGGACCUUUCCACGAGCUGUUCCUGUGGGCGGUUCUCUCGAACAAGUCCACCAUGGCCCAGUUUUUCUGGAAGAGGGGAAAGGACCUGAUCGUCUCAGCCCUGGUGGCCAGCACAAUACUCCGAUCUAUAGCCACGUCCACCGAGAGCAUCAACGACAAGAACAAACUCAAGGAACACGCAGGUCAGUUCCUAAGCCUGGCUAUUGGCACAAUCGACGGAUGUUAUAACGAGGACAAGGAGAGGACAUUAACCUUGCUGUCAGACAUGCAGAGGAAAAACCACUGGCGGGUCAACCUCCUCAAAAUAGCGCUGACGAAGGUCAACAGAAGAGUGUUUUCUACGCUAGCGUACAGGAACUAUAUGAAGUACAUCUGGAUGGGCAGUAUAUCACAGGACAUGGGACUCGUCAGGAUCGCCGUAUGCACCCUGUGUCUCCCGCUCAUCCCUUGCCUCAUCACGUUCAAGAACUCCUGUAGUGUGUUCGAAGAAGCUAAGACCCAGGCAGACAUGUCGGGCUUGGAGACGAUGAAAGGGCGUGGCCUGAGACAGUCCCAGGAUAUCUUGUCCAGCACUACACGGAGAGAUAUCGCGAGACUACAGUACCAGCCCGAGAUCUUGCUGCAGCGAAACUUGUCACCCUGUCAGAAAAUUGGAGCUUUCUACAACAGCCCCGUCGUGAAAUAUUAUCUGAAUUUCGUUUUUUAUGCAGCGUUUCUACUUCUCUUUGCCAUCAUCAUCAUGACACAUCUGAAGCCGACCGUCUCGGCUUUGGAGGCGGUGUUACUAGUCUGGAUAUUCUCUUUCUUCGUAGAGAAAGGCUACCAGUUCGUUACCAGUAUCGCUGCGAUGAACAUCGACAACCCCCGUUUCAUCGACUACCUCAACAACUUCUACUCCGACAAGUGGAACAUCCUCGACACUGUCUCAUUGUUCGGUUUUGUCCUCGGGUUUUGCCUUCGUCUCAUACCGAUAGAAAAACCAUUUGAAGCCGGGCGUCUCAUUCUCAGCAUAGACUUCAUCUGUUACUUCUGGAGGCUCCUGCAUAUCUUCACCAUCACCAAGAGGAUAGGACCCAUGCUGGUCAUGAUAUGGAAGAUGAUGAUGGACCUCGUGCCCUUCCUUGUCAUCCUCAUGGUCUCCAUCUUGUCCUAUGCUGUGGCAUCGGAAGCCAUCAUGUACCCAAACGCAUCCUGGUCUCUCAGAUUUGUGCUCUUCAUACCCAGGAAGGCGUUCUUCUCAAUCUUUGGAGAAUUCUUCUUGGAUGAAAUUGAAGCAACACCCCCAGACUGCAACAUGGACUGGCCCGAUGGCAACAGCACCGAUCCACGGUGCCCCAAGCCCCUUUCCAAAUAUGCCGUGCCCCUCCUUAUGUCAAUGUACAUCCUCAUCACUAACGUCCUCCUGCUCAACAUCAUCAUCGCUAGAUUCAACUACACUUUCCAGACCAUCCAUGAGUUAACUGACGAGAUAUGGGCGUGGCAAAGCGUACGUCUCACCCUGGAUUAUCACAGAAAACCCCCCGUUCCUCCUCCAUUCACCCUCGUGUGGAGAUUCUAUCAGCUGUGUUGUUACUGCUGCUGCUGCUGCUGUAGACGGAAGGCGACGCCAGAGUCUCAGGACGCCAAUGGGAAGUCACCUCGCGUGCCAGAUAACGGGGGUUUUGAUGGUGCCAAAUCUCUAAGAUCGUCAAACAAUCUUGGAAUUAAAAGGACUGCUUCGGACAAUUCAAUACGAUCCCGCAUGAGUGAUAGAUACGGUGAAGGGGAAAAUGGCGACCUUGGCAUGCGGACCCUCAACAGGGGUGACCUUUUGGUCAAAUCUCGAAGCCGAACAGACUUAUUGAAAUCCAUGAGCCGAUCUGAUCUGAUACUUGCUUCAAGAACAGAAGACGAAGUAGAAUGUACGUCUAUAGCAGACGACACAGAUAAUUACAUUGACGUCGAUUUUGAGACGGAGAUUGAAACGAUGGGCGACUUCGAGCGUUCUAUGGGCGAGAUCCAUCUGGCAGUGAGACCGAUGGAUAUACCGACAAGAAGUAGAAAAAAUGAACAACCAGAAAGACGGCCCAUCUCUGUCAUCAGGCCGACGAUUCGGAUGAAGAGAAUGGCUUCAAAGGAAACGGAUGCAUAAAUUCCAGUGACAAUGACCUUUGACCCCCUGACCAGUGCUCCAUGUACUUAGUGUCCAAUUCACAAACAAUAAUGACGUGUGCCUAAGGAAUAUUGUGCUGCCUAAUGUUACUGUGAUACCCACCAUCAAAUUGAACCGUUAUGUGAUAAGGAUGCGUGAUUAAGGCUGACAAUGCAUGCCUGUCUUUCAGCCUUGCAUCCUCUGAUGCUGCCUUCUCAGUGAGCAUGGCAUCCUAGCAUAGACUGCAGCUGUGUAGAGGUAAAUGAUCAACAUUCAAGACAAACUGGCAAUAGUGUCAGCGAAUGCAUUUUGUUUGUGUUAAAAUGUCGUAGCAGUUUGUAUAUACUACUGAACCGUGGAAUACUGCCUGUAGUGUUUGGCUGAGAUGGACACAACCUGAAUGCACCUUUUAGCACUUGCACCUGAAAUGUUUUCUUUUAAAAACUACAUAGCAUAACAUUCUCUUAUUGGAUCAUUGUCAGUAAUGACUAACAUUUUAUGGUUUUCAUUGCGACUUAUGCGUAGUAUGUGCUUCAUUGUGUAGACUUUACAUUCUCCUUUACGGAAACCAUUGGAAAGACUGAACCGCUUCUUCGCAGUAAUUACUACAGUUGAAACACUCAUGUCUCGAUUGAUGAUGCAUGAUAGCAUGUUAUCAUGUAUGUCCCAUGGUGCUAAAUCUUCUCCAAACAUGGAGUGCUGUUGAGGAAUGUAUGCUUCUUGACUUUAAUUACCUGGUUCUCCCGUUUCACAUGCCAUGACAAUUUGUUGUGAUAGGAUCAGAGAUGCUGCAUGAUUUGACAUUGAAGUCAUUAGAUAAUUUGUGUGUGCAAAACGUAAUCCCGAAAACUCAAAGUUGUAGUUGCCUUGCCAAAAAACUGUUCUUAGCAGAGUAUCGAGUGCAUCCUUAUUGUACGCAUACUGGAUACUCUAUUCGGUAAUGUUUAUUCAGGACUGAGAAGGAAUAUAUUUCCGUUACCAACGUUUAUCUGUUAUGUGAUACCUACCUCUCAGUGGUAACCUGUAUGUGCCUUACAAAUCUCAACGUCGACGGAUGGCAAUUUGCCAACUCACGUUCAAUCAGUCUACUGUAACACUUCAACUUGAACCGCGACUAAUGUGUGCCUCUCAAACAAACCCCUGAUGGUCACCGUGACUCAUCCCCUCCCACCCAAAGUGAAAAUGGAGUCCACGAAGGUAUCCUUAUCUGCCAUUCUCAAUAUUUCUCAUUAUUAUUAUUUUUACUCAUUCAGUUUGGCUUAAUGUUUGGAUGAUUGUGGAUGAUCUGGAACCAUCUAGUGAAAAAUCACGUGACUGUUUGCUUUAGGUCGAUUGGAUGCUUCUAUGUUACUAUUUUGAAACAUGGAAAUUGUGCCAAUGGUAUUGAUUCGGGGUACAUAUUAACAAGUGCCUUUCUGUAAUCACCAUUGUGUCAUGUCAGAAGCACUAUGCACAACUGACUCCUGAAAGCUGGUUCUUGAGGACACCAAGGGCAACUUAACAUGAACACAUAGGAUACGAUGGUUAAGUGAUGGGUUCAAAGCGUCACAUAGAAGCAAGUGGUAAUAGUGAAAUAGUUUCUUGACGACAUUACAUGCAACCAUAGCGACAUAUCCACAUCCAUAUUGUUUCUCUGAGAUAUGUCAGUAAAAUAUGCAGGCGCUAUGACCUUUGGAUAACAGGCAAACAGGAACAAUACCGAAAACUCAAACGUAUGACGUAAAUCCUUCUAUGUGAAGCUUGAAGUUAUCAAUCAACCUUCCAGGUUCAUCAGUCUUUGCUGCAUACGAACCUGAGCGUGAAAAUGUUAAUAAUGUGUACUUGUACUAUGGUGGAACCCUGCUUGACUGACUUACAUGGAGAUUCAUGGCGCACACCACAAUGUAUGGUCAGUGGAGACGAACAAUCUUAUACGUUGAGGGCACGGGUGAUGUAAAAAGGGACUGACAGAUUCUUUCCCUGUGCUCAAAGACACAUAAAUGUGUUUUUAUUUCAACAAUGCUGCAAGGUAUCUUAAAGCCUUCGACAAGUUAUUGUGAAAUAGGCAGCUAAAACGAAAUCAUUUCUUACCCAUAGUAAUACAGACUGACACGUGCAUCUAUCCUCUAUAUAUGCCGCUGUCCUUUUCUGUUUCUUUUCCAUUCGAAAGCGUCGUUGAUACAUGUGAACCAGCACGUGACCACGGUAAUCAAGUUGUGAAAACAUGUAGACACACUGUUUCAAACAACUUUUAAUAUUUGAGUUAAUUUGAUAUUAAUGCCAAAACAUUUAAAUUAUUUCAAUCAGAAUCCAUUCUUUCAGCAGGAUCGAGUUAUGAAGGCCAUAGUUGGUCUGUUGUAUACAGUGCCUUU